CAACCAAGGCAAACGUUUCUCCCUCUUCGUGUGUCUCCAACAUGGAUGCUUUUCAGAGCAUCUUAAAAUUCUUUCUUAACCAAAAAACUGCUAUCGGCUACAGCUUCAUGGCUUUGCUGACCCUGGGAAGCGAGCGUCUCUUCUCACUCGUGGCCUUUAAGUGCCCCUGCAGCACCGAGAAUACAGCCUAUGGGCUGGUUUUCCUCUUUGCCCCUGCCUGGGUGUUACUGAUCCUUGGAUUCUUUCUGAAUAACAAGGCGUGGAGGCUCUUCACUGGCUGCUGUAUAAACCCCAGGAAAAUCUUCCCUAGGAGACGCUGCUGCCGCUUCUUCUACGUCCUGGGCCACAUCACAUUGAGUUCAUUGGUGGCCCCAGUGAUGUGGCUCUCUGUGGCUUUGCUUAAUGGGACGUUUUACGAAUGCGCUAUGAGCGGGACAAGAAGCACGGGGCUUUUGGAGCUGAUUUGCAAGGGCAAGCCCAAAGAGUGCCGAGAAGAGCUGUACAAAGUGUCCUGUGGCAGAAGCAGCAUGACGCCCACCGACAAUGAGGAGGUGAAGCUGUCCCUGCAAGCCCAGUCUCAGAUUCUAGGGUGGUGCCUGAUUUGCUCAGCAUCCUUUUUCUCUCUGCUGACCACUUGCUAUGCACGCUGCAAAUCUAAAGUCAGCUAUCUGCAGCUGAGUUUUUGGAAGACAUACGCACAAAGGGAGAAGGAGCAAUUGGAAAACAAACUCCUGGAAUGUGCCAACAAGCUGAGUGAGAGGAACCUGAAAUGCUUUUUUGAAAACAAGAGGCCGGAUCCCUUUCCCAUGCCAUCUUUUGCUGCCUGGGAGGCUGCUUCGGAGCUACAUUCAUUCCACCAAGACCGUGAACACUACAGCGCUCUCCACAAGGUGAUAGACGACGGACUGGAACAAACCCCCCAAGAGGAAGAGACAACAAUGAUCCUUGUGGGCAGUGCCCAGGGUGUGUGAAUCAACCACUAUCACAGCAGGCUGGGAUGUCGCGUGGUACACUCACUCAUUCUGAGAGUCUCCUGCUGUCCCCACCACAGCCUGAGCCUCUGCAUUUUCUCACCAUCUCAGCCUCUUUAGACGAUGACCACACAGUGAAAAACGGUUUUAAGCCUCUGAGUUCCGUGUCCAGAUGUGCCCACACUAAGGCCGAGCGAGGACUUAGUGGAGGGUUGGUGGAGGGUUGGGCCCAGGCGGUCCAACCAACUGGCUCUAAGCUCUAGGAUUCUAUAACUCAGUCCCCAGACUCUGGUGAGGUGUCUGUCGCUUUUCACAAGUAUCUGUUGUGGUACUGGGGGAGGGGUUUGUGACACUGACAUCUGCAGGGGUGGCCAGCAGAAACCUGUUCACAAAUAUAUCCAAUGCCUUUCAAGAAGGAAGGGAUUCUAACAUUUAACAUUCCUUUACUCGGAAGAACUCCAUUCUCAAACAUCGCCAACUGAUAGAGUAUCACGUCUAAAACACAAGAGGUUUCCCCCAGAUCUUGGAGGUCUGUCUCUGAGGGCAGGGCUGCCUCAGGACUGCUGUAUACCAAUGGCACUUAUGCCUUCACAGGCUAAUUUCUACUUUCUAAAAGACAAUCAUGUAAGGCCCACAUACAAGCCUACAUUGAUAUAAAGACAAACACAUUAAUAUUGUAUGUUAAAACACAUUUCUCAAUUAAAAAUUCCAUUUUUUUUCCUGGUUUUAAAAUAGAAAAUCACUUUCAUGGAUCCCUACUAAAAUCUGGGUCCAGGGCAUGGUGCCAGCUGUAUGCUGGGUAUUUCUUAGGUUCUUUGGGCUACUAUAACCAAAUGCCACAGAUGGUGUGGCUGACAAACAAUACUUCUCACAAUUUGAGAUCAGGGUACCAGGCAAAGCCUAGCGAGGGGUUUCCUUUAGGUCACUGACUGUUGAGGCCUCACUGUGAGUCACUUGGUAAGAAAGGCAAAAACUCCCUGAGGCUCCACCCUCAUCAAAUGACCCUCAAAAGGCCACCUCCUAAUGGCAUUACCUUUGUGGUUAUGUUCACUAUAAUAAUUUUAACUGGGCAAUGAUGGCACAUGCCUUUAAUCCCAGUUCUGAUCCCAGUACUGGGGAGGCAGAGGCAGGUGGAUGGAUCUCUGAGUCUGAGGCCAGCCUGGUCUACAAAGUGAGUGCCAGGAUUGUCAGGACUGUUUCACAGAGAAACUCUGUCUCAAAAAAUCAAAAAUAUGCAUAGAAUAUUGGUAAUGGCUUGAUACAAGUAUUAGGAGACAGUCCACAGUAGUCCUAGCAUAAAAUUGUGGUUUUAUUUUAUACUUAUCAGAAAUAAUGUGUUACUAUGUACUAUGUAAUUUUUACCAUGUGUGUGUCUGUCUGUGUCUGUCUGUCUGUAUGUUAUAAAUUCCCAUAAAUCUCUGAGUAGAUUAGUGCUUAAGGCACAGCAUCCACAUCCAUCACUAGCUCAUACCUUAUGUCACUACCUCUCUGUAUCCCCAGAUUUAAGAACAAUUCAUCUUAGGUUUUCACUUACUUAAAAGUUGAUGAGAGGCUGCAGGAGAUCCAAGACCCCCAGAAAACCUUAAGAUUGUAAUGUAUAAUAAGAAAUAUUUUUUGCCUUCA